AUGAGCCGCACCAUCCUCACCGUCCCAGAGGCAUGGAGAGAGUACACGGACGGCAUCGACGGCGGGCCGGCCAUCCAGCAGCUCGAGCAGCGAUGGGGCGCCCGGUGGCGUUCUUCGCAUAAGGAAAUGAAGUUUUUCUGUCGGCGGAACAUCAUCUACGUGUACAUUCUCGAGCAGCUCAACAAGCGACCGCUUGACGAGAUCCUGGCCGAGCUCGAGACCAUGCGCAACAACUCGUCCCUCAACGCCCUCUCGAACAAGCUCAAGAAGAUGAAGCAAGAGAGCGAGAAGGAAAACACAAAGUAG